AUGAGCUCCAAUCGUUCCUCCGCACCGUCAAGCCGACGGACACAGUCCACAAAGGCGACAACUGUUUCCUCGAAAGCCAAGCGAUCGUCUGCCUAUGACAAAGAUUUCGAGCAGAACUUGAUCGACAAUAAUAUCUACCCCGAGGGGUUCGAACACCGUGAUGGGCGCUCAACACCUGAACCCAAUAAUGUGAAUGAGAUUGUUAAGGGCCUGGCCCACCCGCGUGCAUCACUUUCGCCAUCUCAAUUCUCCGCCUCGGCUUUCAAAAGCUUCAGGCUGGCCAACAGCCGUGUGAUUUCUGAAGGCAAGGUCAUGGCCGACAUACUGCCAACGAUACGUGGCAACAGCGAGAUUCCAAACGAGGGGAACCUUCCUUUCGGCAACCUCGAGUCAAUAACCAACGGAACUACAGUAGACGCAGUGCCUGACUGGUACGACGGAUCGUACCCGAAAGAUAUCAAUAGGACGGUCCGACAAGAGCUGUGUAAGACGAUCGUACCCACGAGUCACGGGCAUGCUCCCGCCGCACCAAAUUUCUUCGUGGAAGCCAAAGCACCACGCGGUGGCGCUGACGUGGCGAAGCGGCAGGCGUGCCUCGAUGGGGCCGUCGGGGCUCGUGCUAUGCACAGUCUGCAGAAUUAUGGCGAGGAUGAGCCAGUCUAUGACGGCAAUGCCCGCACAUUUAGCUCUACCUACCAUGCUGGCACCGGCACACUUCAGUUGUACGCCCAUCACGUCACUGGGCCGAGGGCAGGGGAAGAGCCACCGGAAUACCAUAUGACUCAAAUUGACAGCUGGGGAAUGACCGGUAACAUUGACACGUUUAGACGGGGGGCAGCUGCAUUCAGGAAUGCCAGAGACCUUGGUUGCCGACAUCGAGAGACUCUCAUUCAGGCAGCCAACGGUAGGGUUUCGCAAGUGCUAGGGACUCGAGCGGGGAAUACGAACCAGAUUUGCGAAAACACCGCGCUGCAUGAAACUGCGUCUCAAGUCGAAGCGGCGACAUGGCAGGAUUCACACGAUGAGCUUCAACAACACAUUACCAAGUCAUUUGUUGAAGACGACGAAGACAAUGGCGAGGCACCCACCACUCCCGAGCAUCAUUACGCGUCCGACGAGCCAGAGGAGACGGACCGAAACACGGCAGGACCAGGGACGGCUGAUCCAUCGAUGAGCUUCGUGUCGAGUUUCACAAAUUUAAGCACAGAUACCUCGCGACCAAAACGUGCCCGAGAGUCAUUUAGCUCCCCUACACAAGGCCGACGCUCAUCGAAGAGCCGUUCACGAGCUACCGCAAAUCGGCCACCAGUUGUUUCGGCCACAACUACUGCACAACCACCCGAGCCACGUGAUCCAUGUGUGUGA